GGUGGUCCCGCCCCCGCCCCCAGCCCGGCUCCGGACAGUGACCGCGGGCAGCAAAUCGAGCGGCGCUUGACCGAGUUCCAGACGGCGCUGCAGGAGGCCGAACGCGCAUUCCGGCACCUGGAGGAUCUGCAGGACGCCUUCGACUUCUGCUACAAAGUGCACUACCAUGCAGGCGAGGAUCGAACCCGUGACCCUCAGCACGCGCGGCAGCUCCAAGCGCUCCAAUCCAAACUGCAGAGCCUGGACCGGCAGCGGCGGGAGGUUCUGGCGCAGCUGCAGCAGCUUUUGGGGCGCAGCGAGACCCUCGGGGAGCUGCUGCAGGAGGAGUUGGGGCNNNCACAACUAUCCCGAUAACGCCCCUGUCGCGAUAUCCCCCCCCUCCGCAGGUUCACGGGGCUGGGCCGGGGGCUGUUCCAGCUGCUGCAGCUGCUGCGGGCUCUGGGCGAGCUGCGGCUCAARGUGACCUACGAGAGGGACCCGCUGGUGGCCGAGGGGCCACU